AUGGCUCUGACUUUCUCCGACAUCUUCAAGUUCCUCUUUGCGAUCAUCCUCCCUCCUCUGGGUGUCCUCCUCGAGAAGGGCUGUGGUUGCGACCUGCUCAUCAACAUCCUGUUGACCUGUCUCGGUUAUAUCCCUGGUAUCAUCCAUGCCUUCUACAUUAUCCUAAAGUAUUAG